GUCAUGCAUGAAAGUUGAAACGUCAAAAACUCAUUGAUGGACACGUAUCGGGUCCAUGUCACCAAACAAUUUGUAAUAUUCAAGUUCUCUCUGUUUUUUGUAUAAAUUGUGUUCCUAAAGUAGUGUAUUAGGCUGUGUGUGUGUUUGAAGUGCGACAAUAAGGCUAUAUUUGAACUUUUAAGUAAAUACAGGAUUUUUACAGCAGCAUGGCGGGAGUGGAACAGCCCUGCUACACCCUCAUCAACUUCCCCACGGACUCGGAGCCCUACAAUGAGAUGCAGCUCAAACUGGACCUUGAGAAAGGUGACACAAAGAAGAAAAUAGAAGCACUAAAGAAAGUGAUCGGCAUCAUCCUCUCCGGGGAGAAGAUCCCGGGCCUGCUGAUGGUGAUCAUCCGCUUCGUGCUGCCGUUACAAGACCACAUGAUUAAGAAGCUGCUGCUUAUCUUCUGGGAGAUCGUGCCCAAGACCAGCCCUGACGGCAAGCUGCUGCAGGAGAUGAUACUGGUGUGCGACGCCUACAGGAAGGAUCUGCAGCACCCGAACGAGUUCAUCCGCGGCUCCACCCUCCGUUUCCUCUGCAAGCUGAAGGAGCCCGAACUUUUGGAGCCCCUGCUGCCAGCCAUCCGGGCCUGCCUGGAACAUCGCCACUCCUACGUGCGCCGCAACGCCGUGCUGGCCAUCUUCACUAUAUACAGAAACUUCGACUUCCUUAUCCCCGACGCGCCCGAGCUGAUCGCCAACUUCCUGGACAGCGAGCAGGACAUGUCCUGCAAGAGGAAUGCCUUCCUGAUGCUGCUGCAUGCUGAGCAGGAACGGGCCCUGGCUUACUUAGCUGCUAGACUUGACUCCGUCCAUGGGUUCGGAGAUAUCCUGCAACUGGUCAUCGUGGAACUGAUCUAUAAGGUGUGCCACGCGAACCCAUCGGAGCGCGCGCGCUUCAUCCGCACCGUCUACGGCCUGCUCAACGCGCCGAGCGCCGCCGUGCGCUACGAGGCCGCGGGAACACUCGUCACCCUGUCCGCCGCCCCUGCUGCUGUCACUGCCGCGGCGGCGUGCUACAUCGAGCUGAUCGUGAAGGAGAGCGACAACAACGUGAAGCUGAUCGUGCUGGCGCGGCUGGCGGCCUUGCGGCGCGAGGGCGGCGAGGCGGCCGCGCGCGCGCUGCCCGGCCUGGCCAUGGACGUGCUGCGCGUGCUCGCCUCCUCCGACUUGGACGUUCGGAGACACACGCUGACUUUGGCGUUGGACCUCGUGAGCUCCAGGCACGCCGAGGAGCUCGUGCAGGUGCUCCGCAAGGAGGCCGCGCGCGCCGGCAGCGCGGACCACGACGACGCGGCCAAGUACCGGCAGCUGCUGGUGCGCGCCAUGCACCAGGCGGCUCUCAAGUUUCCGGAAGUGGCGGGCAGCGUGGCACCGGCGUUACUGGAGAUGGUCGGAGAAGGCGCCGAGGCGGCCGCAGCUGACGUCAUGGCGUUUGUACGGGAAGCGCUCGCGGCCUUCCCCGACUUGAGACCCACUCUGUAUCAGAAACUUCUUGAAGCGGUGCCGCAGAUUAAAGUGGGCAAGAUCGCGCGCUCCGCACUAUGGCUGCUCGCCGAGUUCGCUGACACCAAGGAACGAGCCGAGGCGACAUUAGACGUGUUGGCUGCCGCCAUACCACUACCUACCACCGGUGAAGAGGACAAGGAGGAGAGCGAGCGCGCGGCGCCCCGAGCGGACGCGUCGGCGCCGCGGCAGCUCGUCACCAGCGACGGCACCUACGCCUCGCAGUCCGCCUUCAGCCUGCCCCACGCGGAGCCCUCGCCGGCGGCCGGCGGCGGCGGGCUGGCGCACGCGCUGCUGGCGGGCGCCGACGGCUUCACGGCGGCCUGCGCCUGCUCCGCGCUCGCCAAGGUCGCGCUCAAGCUCGACGCCGCCAGCGCCACGAGGGCCCUGCAUCUCACUGCUGCCCUGUUGGCUCAGCAUAAGAAGACCGCGUCAUCAACCACCGGCCUCACCGCCGACGACUUGGAACACGCCGCAGUCUGCCUGCGAGCGGCCGCGGCCAGACCCACCGUCGUGCAGGAGGCCCUCUGCAACCAGGCCAGGAACGCUCUCAACGCGCUACUGCAGGAGCGAGCUAGCUUGAGAGACCACAAGGAGGAGGAGGAGAGCACGGAGCCGCAGACGGUGCCGGUGGAGGCCGGCAUCACGUUCGCGGCGCUGGCCGGCGCCGGCGCCGCCGCGGCGCGCCACGACAUGUUCGAGCUGUCGCUGUCCAGGGCCGUGGACGGUCGCACGACAGCGCACGAGGAGAAGGGCAGGCUGUCGAAGGUGACGCAGCUGACCGGGUUCUCGGACCCGGUGUACGCCGAGUGCCUCGUGGCCGUCAACCAGUACGACAUCGUGCUCGACGUGCUCGUGGUCAACCAGACCGACGACACCCUCCAGAACUGCACCGUAGAGCUGGCAACCCUCGGCGACCUGCGCCUCGUGGAGCGACCCGCGGCAGUCGUGCUAGCGCCGCGCGACUUCGCCACCAUCAAGGCACACGUCAAAGUGGCUUCGACGGAAAACGGCAUCAUAUUCGGCAAUAUAGUGUACGAGGUGACGGGCGCGUCCAUGGACCGCGGCGUGGUGGUGCUCAACGACAUCCACAUCGACAUCGUGGACUACAUCCAGCCCGCCGCCUGCUGCGACGCCGACUUCAGGCAGAUGUGGGCCGAGUUCGAGUGGGAGAACAAGGUGUCGGUGAACACCAACAUCACGGACCUGCGCGAGUACCUGCAGCACCUGCUGGCCUCCACCAACAUGAAGUGCCUCACGCCCGACAAGGCACUAUCAGGGCAGUGCGGCUUCAUGGCGGCCAACAUGUACGCGCGCUCCAUCUUCGGUGAAGACGCGCUCGCCAACCUGAGUGUCGAGCAACCACUCAACCGACAAGGACCCGUGGCGGGCCACGUGCGCAUCCGAGCCAAGAGCCAGGGCAUGGCGCUCAGCCUCGGCGACAAGAUCAACCAGAUGCACAAGACGCCGCCGCAGAAGGCCGCCCCCGCCGCGCCCUCCAUACCCGCCGCGUAGAUUAUUACAUGUACUCGUAUUAUUCUGAAUUAAAUAUUAUCGUAUAGUCGA